AGAGGGGGUGACUUCGAACAACCGGAUGGGGGGUGGGGAUGGGUAGUCUGCUUUACUUCAAUGUGGGCAAAUGGAACUGUGUUUGGCAUUAUAAACACGUUUGGGAUUGUCUAUGUUCAUAUGAGAGACUUGUAUGCCAAAGAUGACCCAGAUGUAUCUUUCAAAACAUCGUGGGUCGGUUCGGUGUGCACAGGUACAACAUUCAUCAUGUGUAUGUUUGCAAGUAUUGUCAGUGACAGACUCGGAAUCAGAAAGACAGCCAUGUUUGGUGGAUUUCUUGGAUUCAUUGGUUUGCUGUCAAGUGCCUUUGUGAACCAGUUACAACUCCUUUAUCUUACGUAUGGAAUACUCCUAGGAGUCGGAUCCUCGUGUUCCUAUGCACCAUCACUUGUCAUCCUUGGACAUUACUUUAAAAAGCAUAUGGGCCUGGUGAAUGGACUAGUCACCUUUGGAAGUUCCAUGUUCACGAUAGGCCUCUCCCUGUGCCUCCCCGUCAUGUUGAAAGAAGUUGGACUUCGCUAUACAUUCAUCUUCUUAGGAGGACUGAACUUUUUGUUGAUAUUCUGUGCCAUAACAUGGAAGCCCUUGAUAAAGAGGGAGUCCAACCUGGCAAGUCUUGCUCUUUCAAAGGAAAGCAUUGUUGAACAUGUUAAUGACUGUUGUUCAUGGACAAAGAAGUUCCUCAAUGUGAAUAUUUGGAAAAAUAAGGGAUACGUUGUUUGGGCAUUUUCAAAUGGUGUUUCUCUUUUUGGAUAUUUUGUACCAUUUGUACAUUUGGUAAAACACACCAAUGACCGAUUCCCCAGUUAUAAUGGCAGCUUGUUGGUCAUGUGCAUGAGCAUCACUUCAGGGGUGGGCAGAAUUUUGUUUGGGAAGGUCGCCGACUUUGCCUGGGUCAACCGAAUAAGAAUGCAACAGUUUGCUUUUCUUAUUCUGGGUGUGACAACCAUGUGCAUUCCAUUUGCCAACAACUUUCCAAGUCUCAUCGCCAUCACCCUGGUCAUGGGCAUCUGUGACGGUAUAUUCAUCUGCCUCCUUGGACCAAUUGCCUUUGAUCUUGUGGGUCCCACCGGUGCCUCACAAGCCCUCGGCUUCCUCUUUGGGAUAUUCAGUCUUCCAAUGACAGUUGGGCCCCCCAUUGCUGGUCUCCUGUAUGAUCACCUUGGUUCCUACAACAUAGCAUUCCACUGUGCAGGUGCCCCUCCCAUUAUUGGGGCCAUCAUCAUGUUCCUCAUUCCACGCACCAAACAGACAUACCCUGGUGUUACUGACACACAAGAAUUUGCUGCAGUGUCUCAACAAAACAUUUUUGAUGGACCAGAUAACAACUAUGAUGAUGAAGUCACAGUAAAUGGAAAGGGUCCAUCAGCCACAGAGAUGAUUGUUGUUGAGGGCCAUGAUCUACUGGAAGAAUUUGCUGCCAGCUCGGAGAAGCAGGCGUUAUACAAAGAGGAAGUGAAAGCAGAGUUAUCUACCCCUGAUGAUGCACAUGAUGAUGGGAUUCGGGCAUAACACUGUUUGUUGUAAAUAUGCAUCACCGACGAAGGUCAUGAUUACUAUGCAAGUGAUAUAAGGAAUCAAAAUUUGAGACUGUGAUCAAUACAAAUGUGAUGUAUUUUUGUUAAAUGAACGAUUAAAGUUUGUUAUCUUUAUCUCAAGGCAUAAUUUAUUUCCUUGCAUAUAUUGUAUUGAUAGCAAACUGCAUCUAAGUAGUCAUUUUAAAAGUCAACACAACUCUCUGUGAAAUAAAAUGUAGUGCCAGUUUAAAUCUGUAAUGAAAACUAUGUGUACACAUUUGUUUGUUGUUUGUUUCUGUUGUACAAGAUAAAUUUCUUUUACAACCUUGGCCCUCUUUAAACUGACUGAGCAUUAAGGUGGACAUAAUUCUGAUUCAAUACAAUCUCAUUUAGAUCAGAUUUGUCUUACUCCGAUAUGAUACUCGCCUGAAUAGCUUCAAAAUUGCUGAUGCGGCAAGCAAUCUUCACUCACUCCCGAUAUGAUACCUCUCUGUGUGAAGACCUCCAUAGGACGUCGUGUCACGUCAGGCGAACUUACACAGCCAAUCAGUCUUGAAACUUCUAAAUUCUCGGUGUGAGUGAGCAAAGCAUUUAGAGUUAAGCGUGUCUGAUUUCUGUCUCUUAAAAAGGAAUAUAAUUGGGGAGUUCAGAUUAUAUAAGAAUAAAGUGAGUGAGUGAGUAUGGUUUACCGCCGCCUCUAGCAAUAUUCCAGCAACAUCACGGCGGGGGACACCAGAAAUGGGCUUCACACAUUGUACCCAUGUCGGGAAUCGAACCCGGGUCUUCAGCGUGACGAGCGAAGCGAAGGCUUUUAACACUAGGCUACCCGACCGCCCAGUAAAAGAAUAAAGCUGCACAAUGAUAUUGUUGUGGAUAUUCUAUUCACCAUGUCAUUUCUCAGUGCCAUGACAUGUACACCAGAAGGGUGUACUGUUGAUGGUAUAUUUGUGUUGUGUAAUGGUUAUCAUUUGUGAAUAUCAAAAAUGACCAAAUUGAGGUGGCAAAGAAAUAAAGCUGAAUCGUUUUAGAAAAUUCAGACAUCUGACUGGCUCUAGAACCAUGCAUCGUUCAUUUGACGUGACCUAUGGCGGUGUCCUCAGAAGUUCAUGCAGAAGGUUAUCGCAUUGGAGUAAAAGAUGUGAUUUUAAUGAGAUUGAAUACUAUAGCAGGAGAUAGAAUAGAUUAUUGCAAGAGGGCCUAGAUUGUAUCAGAACAUAUAUUUAGGGCUUGAAUGAAUAGCAUUGAGUUUGAAGAAAGUCAUUUUUUAACUGUUGUGUGAAAUGAAUAAUUUCCAGUUGAAUGUGUGAUGAUGAGAGUGAAUGUACACUUGCUUGUGUAGGUUGUAUAAACAUAUGUAACAUAUAUGUAACAUAUUUAAUCAUUUACCACAUGCUACAGUUCAUGCAGACAUCAGGUUCUUCAUCUGAAGUCAGAUGGUGCUGGCAUUUGUGAUUUUGAUUAUUUAUUUCAUCACAGUACAUAACCUGUAUAUCCAUCCUCUGUUUUCCAGUGUCUUAUGUCUCAAUUCUGACAGUUACCCAGGAUGCUUUUGCUACCAUGGCUUCCUAUUCAGUCCAUUUUGAACCGAACAUCAUUAAAAGUAGCAGUCUAAUCAAAUUACACAGAGGAGUGAGAGAAAUGAUAUGAGAAAGGAGAAAGUGAUCUGUUUGUGAUAUGGAAAAAGAGAUGGUGACAUCACUUCUGAAACAGAGCUUAUGCAGGGUUAGACCUGAAUGCCCGCAAGCCGAGGGUUAGUACAAAUUCCAGCAGGCUAAUACAACUUUCCCAAUUUCCUCUUUGUCAUAGCGACCCAUGCUUGCCGAAAAAGGUGACUAUGCUUGUCAUAAAAGGUGACUAACGGGAUUGGGUGGUCAGGCUUGCUGGCUUGGUUGAUGCUUGUCACUGAACCCAAUUGCGUGGAUCGAUGC